UUUUUGUCUGGAAAAGAUUUUUUUUUUUUUCAAAAAAUAAGGGUAUAUUUUCAAUGUUGUUCAGUACAGAGUAGCAGUAGUAUUUGCAGCAAGCUAAAAGAGAAACAAAAAAUAAAAUUAAAAAAAUAAUGUCUAACAACAUCACCUUCAUUUGAACUCCCAAGAUUUUGUGGGUGUAAGUUGCUGCAUUUUGUUUGAAUCCGCUCUGAAGACUUUGUUAACUCAAUUGCUGGCCUUUUGUCAAUGGGGAAGUCACCAGGAAAGUGGAUAAAGACCGUACUUUUCGGGAAGAAAGCAUCCAAAUCCAACUUUGCCAAGGGCAAAGAGAAAUCCAACAAUGAGAAAGAGGUGCAUGUUCGUGUAAGGGUUCCUGAAACUGAGAACGCUGUUAGUAUUCCAGAUACAACAAAUGUUGCUCUCAAUGAAGUUCAUGAGGAUGAUCAUAACGUAAUGUCGGAGUACAAGGAAUCUUCUCUUGGGCAGCCAGAUGGUGAUAUGCCAGUGUCGGGGGAUCACUUUCCUGAUGCAAAACCAACCAGAGAAAUAGAUCCGUUAACUGAAGCUGAGAGAAUAGCUCGAGAAAAGGCUGUAACAAAGGCACAAGCUGCUUUUAGGGGAUAUCUGGCUCGUCGCGCAUUCAAGGCUUUGAAGGGUAUAAUAAGGCUUCAGGCUCUUAUUCGUGGACAUUUGGUGAGGAGACAGGCUGUUUCAACCUUGAAUUGCAUUGUAGGCAUCGUCAAGUUGCAGGCACUCGUUCGUGGGUCAAGAGUUAGAUGUUCUGAUGCAGGUCUUGAAGUCCGAAAAUUCUGUAUAGUGAAGCCUCUGGAUGGCAAAGUUGGGGUUCAUGAAGAUGGUUUUUCUGCUGGUAUCAAAAGCUCGUCAGUAAAUGCGUUUACCAAAAAACUCUUAGCAUCAUCACCAACAGUGAUGCCUCUUCGAGUCCAAUAUGAUGCAGCAGAUCCAAAUUCAGUUCAGAAAUGGUUAGAAAGAUGGUCAAUAUACUGCCCAUGGAAACCCGUAUCUCCACCCAAAAAAGUUGCAAACUCUCGAGUUCCCAAAAAGCAAGUUAACUCACUGACCGUUGACGGAGAAACAGGAAGGCCAAAACGCAGCGUUCGCAAGGUUCCUUCCCUCUAUGAUAAUGUGUCAGCUUCUGAUGUAGAGAAACCGCGGCGCAAUCUAAAGAAAGUAACUGCCCAUCCAGCAGAUUCUGCACUAGAAAAUUCGCCAAGUGAGCUUGAGAAGGUUAAACGUAGUCUAAGAAAGGUUCACAACCCUGUAACUGAAAGCUCUGGACAGCCGCAGACUGGGGUAAUCGAGAGGGCAUCUCACAAUCAAGGGAAAACAUCUGCAGCCAAUGCUCAGGAGGUUCCAGCUCCAAAGGUAACUGACAAGCCGAUUCAUAGCUCAGGAAAAACGACAGCAUCGAUUAUUCAGGAAGUCUCGGCCUCAAAGGUAACCGAGAAGCCAAAUCCCAGCCAUGGGAAAACGACAGCAUCCAAUGUUGAGGAGGUUACAGCUCUUAAAGAGGUUGAUUUUCUUGAGGAAACCAAUGUAGAGACUAGCACGGCUGUUGAGGAAGAAACCGUUCUUGUUUCUAAGUCAAAUGAAAAGGAAACUGUGGGCCCUAUAGAAACAGACAAGUCCGUUGAACUCUCGAACAAUGAUAAAAUCGAGGUCAAAUUAGAGUCUUCUGAAAAUGGUGACAAGGAUGAAAACACUCCUGUGCCGAAUGGUGCCAUGAAAUCUAAGGAAGAUUCAGUGUCAAACGAUAAUCAGAAAUCCAGACGGGCUUCUUUCCCGACAAAACAGGAACUUAUGGAAGACGGCGUGCAGAACACUCCGAAGCUUCCAAGUUAUAUGCAAGCAACUGAAUCAGCCAAGGCAAAGCUAAGAGCACAGGGAUCCCCUAGACUUGCCCAAGAUGAGACCGAGAUUAUCAACUUCACCCGACGCCAUUCACUUCCAAAUGGAAAGGUCAGUUCAGCGUCACCUAGGACACCAAAACCACUUCAAGGUAGCAGCGGAAAGAGUGGCAACAAAAGUGAUAAAUCUUUGUUGUCUUCUAGAGAUGGAAGUGGUAAGGCGGUCCAAGGAUGGCGAAGGUGAGGGCAAUGCAAACUUGACGCUGAUUCAUAUAACGAUGGUGAAAGUUAAAAGUUUGUUAGCAAAUUGUGUUGUUGUGGGGCUUAUUUAAUUUGUUAUUUAGGUGGAAAAUUUACUGUGACUUUUCUGAAUAUGUGUUUGUGGAUAUCAUAGCGGCUUUAUUAUGUAAGUUGGGUUCUUCUUUGAGUGAAUGUGAAUUGCAGGCUUCACUAUUUUUAUUCUGCCAAGUAAAUUUAAAUUAUUAACUUAUGUUGUCUCACUGUGGGAAGGAAACAUGCAAUAUUGACUAUUGAGUUUGUGUAUAGUAUUAGUCUUAUAUUCCAUAUAUGUUUUCUA